GGUGCCCAGUUUUGGAAGCCGGCAGUCCCUGAGGUCUUCCCAGGACACUGGGGAGGGCUGAGGCGGACCAUGCCCGGCCUGCUGCUGCUCGCUGCUGCAUUGCUCUCCAGCUGGGCUCAGCUUCCAGCCGAAGCCAGCUCCUGGUGGUCGUUAGCUAUGAACCCGGUGCAGAGACCUGAGAUGUUCAUCAUCGGUGCCCAGCCUGUGUGCAGCCAGCUUCCUGGGCUCUCCCCUGGCCAGAGAAAGCUGUGCCAGUUGUACCAGGAGCACAUGGCCUACAUAGGGGAGGGAGCCAAGACAGGCAUCAAGGAGUGCCAGUACCAGUUCCGGCAGAGGCGGUGGAACUGCAGCACCGUGGACAACACGUCUGUCUUUGGGAGGGUCAUGCAGAUAGGGAGCCGUGAGACCGCCUUCACCUAUGCAGUAAGCGCAGCGGGGGUGGUGAACGCCAUCAGCCGGGCUUGCCGAGAGGGCGAGCUCUCCACAUGUGGCUGUAGCCGGACAGCACGGCCCAAGGACCUUCCCCGGGACUGGCUGUGGGGUGGCUGUGGGGACAACGUGGAGUAUGGCUACCGCUUUGCUAAGGAGUUUGUGGAUGCCCGGGAGCGGGAGAAGAACUUUGCCAAGGGAUCGGAGGAGCAGGGCCGGGUGCUCAUGAACCUGCAGAACAACGAGGCGGGUCGAAGGGCUGUGUAUAAGAUGGCAGACGUAGCUUGCAAAUGCCAUGGCGUCUCGGGGUCCUGCAGCCUCAAGACCUGCUGGCUCCAGCUGGCUGAGUUCCGCAAGGUGGGGGACCAGCUGAAGGAGAAGUAUGACAGCGCUGCCGCCAUGCGCAUCACCCGCAAAGGCAAGCUGGAGCUCGUCAACAGCCGCUUCAACCAGCCCACCCCUGAGGACCUGGUGUACGUGGACCCCAGCCCUGACUACUGCCUGCGCAACGAGACCACGGGCUCCCUGGGCACCCAGGGCCGCCUCUGCAACAAGACCUCGGAGGGCAUGGAUGGCUGCGAGCUCAUGUGCUGUGGCCGUGGCUACGACCAGUUCAAGAGCGUCCAGGUGGAGCGCUGCCACUGCAAGUUCCACUGGUGCUGCUUCGUCAAGUGCAAGAAGUGUACGGAGAUCGUCGACCAGUAUGUCUGUAAAUAGCUGGGGGGUUCCCACCCUCCUGGCCCUCUUCUCCACUCUGCCUCACAGAAGUUUAUAUUAUAUAAAUCUAUAAAAAUAUAUUUUAUAUUUGUAUAAAUGAAUGGAUGGGUGAUAAAUAAUUAAAAGAAGAAAAUGGAAAGGAAAAGCUUAUUUAAGAGACGCUGGAGAUCUCUGAGGAUUGGACUUUGCUGGUUCUCAACUCCCAGUGGGUGGGACAAAGGUCUUUUUUUCCCUCCCUCUGGUGGGAACUCUCAGGAUGUAGGGACUUGAAAACCUUCGCUGUCUAUGGCCUGGAGAGAGGCGGUGCUUAGAUGGAGAAGAUGAUUUUGUCUGAAAGUCUGGAGUCUUUGCUAGGUAGAUGGCUGCCCUGUAACCCCAGCCAAUGGGCCAAGAGGCCCCGAGGAAAGUGACAGGAACUCAGCCUAAACCUUGAAGUCUUCAGAAUCUUGCCCAGAAUAUUGAUUGGUUCUGUGAGAGGCCCGGUGCCUUCCUACUUUUUUAUUUGUGUGCAUACUUGCCGAAUCCUUUACAGAAAUGAGGCGGGGUCCGAUGUCAUCUCUGUCCGGUGACUACAAAAGACCUGCACCUCCCCAGACUCCUGGCCCUGUCUUACCAAUGAGAAUUACUCUUCUUCCACAGUUCACUAGCUCCUGCCAGAAGUUCCCUGCACCAGGAGGAAAGGAGGUCAUUUAGCCUGCCGUGUUAGGAAAGACACGAACUGAAUAUUUGUGCCUGAGCUGCAGAAAGCCAGGCGCAUAACUGGACUGAGUGAACAUUGCACUGUGCUCCCACACAGGGAGAAGAAACUUGUGAUGCUGCUGCUGUCACUUCCUCCAUCAAGGGAGGCCUCACGAACAACAGGAUGCGUAGCUAGGUCGGGCUCGGCUGGCCUGCUGUGGUCUCUUCAUCUCUGCCCCACAUGUACAGUUUCUCUCUGACAUUAAAUACCCUUUACUGAA